AUGGCUGCCAUGAGGGCUCGUAAUAAGAUUCGAGUCCCUCGUCGGGGCCUCACCAAUACGCGAGGAGACGACUUUGACUCUCUAUGGAUCGCCUUGAAAAAAGCGCUGAACGAAAUAAACACGAAAAAUGCAUCCACACUGUCCUUCGAGGAGCUCUACCGCAACGCCUAUCGGAUUACCUUGAUGCAGCGGGCUAACGAUCUCUAUGAGAACGUUAAAGAGCUUGAAGGAAAAUGGCUCCAGGAUACUGUCCAGAAACACAUCACCGACACAAUCUCGACCAGCCUUAUCCGAUCCCAAGGUCCUUCCGAGCUCCAGGACCAGUCGAAUGAACGCCGCGCCGACGGCGAAAGAUUCUUGAGCGCGAUGAAGGAGAAAUGGGAGGAUCAUCAGGUUUGCAUGGGCAUGGUCACUGACGUCCUCAUGUACAUGGACCGCGUCAUUUCGGCAGACAAAUCGAAACCCGGCAUCUACUCUGUCGCCAUGGCCCUCUUCCGUGACCACAUCCUCCGCGCCUUUGCCCGCACCGACUCCGACAUUUCCAUUUACAAUGUUCUCGAAUCGACCAUUCUUUUCAUGAUUCAACUAGAACGCAAUGGUCAUAUGAUCGAAAGACCCUUGGUCCGGCAAUGUAUCCAGAUGCUCGAGGGACUCUACGACAGUGUCUCAGAAGAUGAGAACACCAAGCUUUACCUUGUCUCCUUCGAGCCCCAAUUUCUCAAGGAAAGUACAGAGUUCUACCAAGCCGAGGGCCGUCGUCUUUUGGAGAUUGGAGACGCUUCCGCCUUCUGUCGCAUCGCGUCACAGCGGAUCGCCGAGGAGCGGGAACGGUGUCUGUACACACUGGCGUUGUCGACUGAGAGUAAGGUGCUGCAAACUCUGGACGAGGAGCUAAUCCUCAAGAACAUCGACGAAGUUGCCCGACUGGAAGGUACUGGCGUUCGCCAUAUGCUGGACAACAAUCAGCUGGACGGACUGCUGAGUCUCUACAAGAUAAACGCUCGAGUGGACCCGAAGAAGACGGCUCUCGUCAACGUUAUGAACAAGAGAAUUAUUGACCUUGGUAAGGAAAUCAACGCGGCAGCACUCACCGCGGCCCAGGGUCAGGCCUUGUCCGGCAAGAAAAUCGAGGAAGAAAAGAAGCCCGAGGAUGGUAAAAAGCCUGAGAAAAGCAAGGAAAAACAGUCAAGCCAACAGACCCUGUCGGCCAUUAAGUGGGUCGAUGACAUUUUGGCGAUGAAGCGCCAGUUCGACCAGAUCUGGGAACACGCCUUCAUGUCUGAUCAGGGCGUCCAAAGUGCGAUCAUGGCAAGUUUUGCUGAUUUCAUCAACAUCAACCCUCGGAGCUCGGAGUACCUAUCCCUGUUCUUCGACGAAAACUUGAGGAAGGGCAUCAAAGACAAGACCGAUACUGAGAUUGAUACCUUGCUUGACAAUGGUAUCACCAUGCUUCGCUACAUCAAAGACAAAGAUCUAUUCGAGGCGUAUUACAAGAAACAUCUUGCUCGUCGACUGCUCAUGAAGCGAUCUGCCAGCAUGGAUGCCGAACGCCAGAUGAUCUCCAAGAUGAAGCUCGAGGUUGGUAACCAGUUUACGCAGCGCAUCGAGCACAUGUUUAAAGAUAUGACAAUAUCGGAGGACUUGACAGCCAGCUACAAAGCACACAUCGCUCAAAGCGCCGAUCCCGAUCAGAAGCGUGUCGAGCUGGACGUCGAUAUUCUCACUAGCACGAUGUGGCCACUGGAGUCAAUGUCGAACACCGAUCCUGGCGAUGCCCAAAAGCCAUGUCUCUUCCCCAAGGAAAUCGAUAACCUCAAGGAAAGCUUUGAGAGAUACUACCUAGGCAAGCAUAACGGGCGUAAACUUACUUGGCUAGCCAACAUGGGUACGGUAGAUAUCAGGGCUACGUUCCAGCGUUCUAACGGCAAGAUCCAGCGAUACGAGCUUAACGUGUCUACUUACGGCAUGGCAAUCCUAUCACUUUUCAACGACCUUCCAGAUGGUGAGAGCUACACUUUCGAAGAAAUCCAGGGACGCACACAGAUCCCCAGUUACGACUUGAUCCGCAAUCUGCAGUCACUUGCAGUGGCGCCGAAGACCCGAAUCCUCGUCAAAAAGCCCAUGAGCAAGGAUGUCAAGCGCACAGAUCGAUUUUUCGUCAACAACGAAUUCAGCAACCCCUUCGUCAAAGUUAAGAUUGGCGUCGUUAGCGGCGGAGCCAACAAGGCCGAGAAUCCGACUCAGCGCAAGGAGACCGAGGGAAAAAUCAACGAGGAACGUGGCAGUACGAUCGAGGCUGCCAUCGUCCGUAUCAUGAAGCAACGGAAAAAGUCGGUUCACUCCCAGCUCAUAGCGGAGGUCCUGGCACAAUUGGCUUCCCGCUUCGUGCCGGAUGUGAUGAUGGUGAAAAGGCGAAUAGAGAGCUUGAUCGAGCGGGACUAUUUGGAACGGAUUGCCGAGGAGCCGCCUACCUACGGGUACGUCGCGUGA